AUGAGUGCACUGGCCGAGCCGCUAGAAGCGACACAGAUGCCGGCAAUGAUGGAGCGAUGUGCUUUGCGACGCGCUCUGCUCCAAGUCCUUCAAGCUAUUGGCCAAGUUCUGCCUGAAGGCAUCCUCAUUGCUCUUGGUUCAGAUGCUGCCAACGUUCUAGUGUCGUUGGUUAGUCUAACUGAAGCCUGCUUGGAUGGGGGGGAUGCUGUGGGUAUGCGGUAUGGUCUGGCCUUCUUCCUUGGUUGCAUCACUCACUUCGCGAGUGAUGACACCUUCUACGAAAAUUUUCUGCUCCCUCACCUCCUGCCUCUAGCCUUUCUGACGCCGGCUCGCUCCACUUUCCCUCUCAAUGACGCUCAGUUUGUGUUGACACUCAACGAGGCCGCUAGCUGCAUCUAUGCCCUCAACUCUGCCAGGGUAAGUUAG